AUGUCAGAUUAUCAACCGGUAAUAAGAUAUGGCCAUUCUACUGUUAGAGUAGGAGACUACUUAUACAUGUGGGGUGGGAGCCAGCCUGAUGACUUAGAUCUUGAUUUACAACUAAACCCAGCCCAGCCUUCUUCCCAGCCACAAUCUUUCGACAAUAAAUUUGUUUUGGUCUAUCACUUGCCAACUAGUCUGGCGCCGCGAGACUACUUGCCAACUGGCAAAUGGGAGCAAAAAGCUACUACUGGUAAGCUCCCACCUGGGAGUACGGGAUAUGCAUCUGCAGUUAUUGGAAAAGAGAUCUUCUAUUUUGGAGGCUGUUGCAAUCACAUCGACUGCUUUCCUCGCUGUUUCCACAAUAGUUUGUAUGGCCUUAAUGUUGACACCCUAAAGUGGAGGGAAGUUUCUCCCAAUACUUCUCAAUCUGGCCCCAUGAUGAAGGAAUCUGCUGGUAUGAUAGCUGUACAAGUUGAUGAAGAAGAUUACCUUGUAGUGUUUGGGGGUCACGGACCAUCUUCUGAAAAUACUCCAGCACAGCCAAAUGCUCAGUACAGCACAGAAGGAUUCAACAUUGAAAAUAUGCAAUGUACUAAUGAAUUACAUUACUACAGGAUAUUGACAGGGGAAUGGAUUUCUCCAGAUAUUACUGGAGACAGACCACCUCCUAUUACUGGCUUCACUCUGACGUCAGUAAAUGAUAGCAGUGCCAUAUUAUUUGGAGGCUUUUCUCCCACUGCUGACUAUAAAGUCAGUGACAAACUGUACGUCAUGGUUUUUAAUAAAGAACAACUGUCUUUGGAGAUAUCAGAAGUUCCUAAUUCUUUGCAAAAUUGGCCAUGUGCAAGAUCUGCUCAUUCAAGCGCACUUAUUAACGUUGAUUCAAUUGGACCACACCUUUUAGUAGUAGGUGGAUUUGAAAUUUCUGAUUGCUGGCUACUUGAUGUGACUAAUAAAAUUUGGGAUGAGGUAACUAACUAA